AAAAUAAUUUACUAAAUUUUCUACAACCUUCCCAUAUUUCUACAACCUUCCCAUAUUUCAAUUCUUAUUACAGUUAAAAAAAAAUCAAUUUCGUUGAUUACACAAGUCAUGCCGAUGGCCAUUAAUAACGCAGGUGGCCGUGUGCCACGUAGUUGUUGAGGAUAAUAUUACGUGGUUAAUGCUCCGUAAAAUAUUAAGACAACCAAAAAUGCUAAAUACGGAAGUACGGAGUAAUAUUAGAGAGAGGGAGAGCUUUUCCUAAAAUUAAACUCAAUUUACAGGUUAUUUUGCGUUUAACCAUGCCCUGAUCUCCUCAUUCUCUAAUCCCUUUCUUUCUCUAUUAUUUUCAGAGAUUUUUCUUACCGCUUUCCUUUCUGGGCCCUCUUUAUCGGUCAACCAUAAUUGGGUUAGUUUUUCUUCAUUUCAAAAUGAUCGACAAGGAUUAGGCAAGAUUCCAUGUUUCGAAGUUAUUUCCUAAAUUUUGCAUUUAUCUUCGUGACAUGUGCUUGUCUUUGGAUAGGUGAGGGCGUCAUCUAAAACAAAUUAUUUAUCAACAUGGGACAAAGGAAUACACCAUAUAGUAGUCUUGUGGUCGAUUUGGAAGCUGAUCAAGGAGGACAAAUCCAAUCUUAUGGGACCUUAACAUCUUUUCCACAACCAAAUGUCCAUUCAGUAUUACCAGUUGCCAGUAAUGUCUAUCUGCAUCCUCUGCCAGACUAUAAUGACAACAGCCCAUUGUUUUAUGGUAUGACACAGCACAAUAGAUCAGUUCAUCCGCUGCCCAUUCCAAAUCUUGACCUUGCCCUUGCCUCAUCUUCUAUUCAUCAUAAUCCUUACAUGCCUCCAACUGCUGCAAUCAGAGACUUCUCAAUCCCUUUCAAUCACAGAACACAUGACCACAGUUCAUUUUCAAACAAUCCUGGCAUGGCUGGAAUUCAGACUGCUACUCAUGGAACCAUAGGCUCGUUCAAGAUUAAGAAUGCUGUGGGUUCUAGUUCUUCUGAUGCCCCACUAAUUGCAAGGGCACAUGAAUCCAAUGCUUCUUUGAUGGAUUCUUCGCCGCUUAUGCUACCUGCUGAUCAUGGUGAUUCUUCAUUGGUUGUCAAUGAUGGGUCCCACAUAAGUUUUAGGAACAUGGCUUUUGUAAAUGGUCCAGAUUCUGUAGCAGCCCAUCACAGCAAUCAUUUUGCUCAAGGAAACCAUGUGAGUUCUAUGCAGCUGAGUAAUAAUCCUUGGUCAGACAUGCGAUUCAACAGAAAUAGUUGUGAGCUUGAACCUUGGUCAUGGAAUCAAGCUGCUGUUCCUUUUCCUUACGUGCAUGGACGUGCAGUUGGUCCUACCAUUGAGGCUGGGAACACGGGAAUACAAAGUUACCAAGUAAGAGGGGGCAAUGGGAGUUUGACCAACUUUAUGCAUCCUCCCAUUCCUCUAGAAGGGCACUCAAAUGUUCAUCACCUACCGCAAGCUACACAAGGAAUGAGAUGCCAUAAUACUAAUUUCCCUCCAUUAAUUUCAGUAUCAUCAAGCAGGCACAUUACACAUGCACCAUCAAGCAGCAACUUGAAUUAUUUAUCUGGUUUUGUAGAAAUGAGACCUACGUAUGUGGGACCUUUACAACCAGCUGGUGUUAGACUGUACAGAUCUUCCCGUAGAAACUAUUCGAAUUACAUGCCAAAUCACAACAUACCUAACAUGAGGGUUAUGCCCGAAGAUGGAGUGGCAAUGCUAGAAAUUCCUGGCUACUAUAAUGGCAUGGGGGAGUCUGGUGAUCAGCACAGAGAUAUGCGUAUGGAUAUAGAUCACAUGUCCUACGAGGAGCUUCUUGCGCUGGGUGAGCACAUUGGCAGUGUAACUACUGGGUUGUCAGAAGAAAUGAUUACAAGGCACUUGAAAACAAAACCAUUCAGCUCAUCAAAAGCUUUAUCUGUUUCUAAGGCUACAGAAUGUUUGGAUCAAAAUAUGGAUUUAUGUGUCAUAUGCCAGAACGAUUACAAGGACCAAGAGAAUAUUGGAACGGUCGAGUGUGGGCAUGCAUAUCAUGUACAUUGCAUAAAGAAGUGGCUGAUUGUGAAGAAUAGUUGCCCCAUCUGCAAAUUAACAGCAUUACCAAUGGAACCUAAGGAUCUAUGAAAUACUGUUAACAAAUGGUGGAACUUUUGUAUUUAAUGUAUUUAUUACUUCCUACCAGGAAACUUUUUUUUAGUUUUUUUUCAAAUCGCACUAUAUCAACAAUGUGUAUAUUAUACUUUUUGCCAUCUAGCAGGCAAAAGUUGUUUUUUGUAAACUACCAUUUUACCAGGCUAUAUUAGUGUCUCACCUGGAACAGUAAUACCACUGGAUUUUUGUUUUUAAUAGCUGUAAGGAAACAGUGUAAAUUCAAUCAACAUAGUAGGGACUACUCGACUAGGGA